AGCAGUUCUUUCUUCUUUCUUCUCUCUCAUUGAUGUUCACUGACUCACUCUUCACGUCACCGACUGAGAACAAAAAAUGGCGCAGCAGUUUGUUGAGACUAAAAUCAAAGGAGACAAAGUGGUGCUGUUCAUUAAGCCUCACUGUCCCUACUGCGUCACGGCUGAAGAGGUUUUAUCCAAAUAUCAGUUCAAACCGGGACACCUGGAGUCCAUUGACAUCAGUGGACGCAGCGACAUGAGCAGUCUUCAGGACUACUUUCUGGAACUGACCGGAGCUCGCACGGUGCCUCGCGUGUUCAUUGGCGAGGAGUGCAUCGGAGGCGGCAGUGAUGUGGCAGAGCUGCAUAAGAGUGGUAAACUGAAGAGCAGGCUGCAGUCUAUUGGAGCACUGCAGUGACCUGCUCCAACCUGUCCAGGCUUCUGGCCUCCAUGUGGGGGGGUCACAUGACUAUGCAGCGGGACUUGCGUAGUUUGCGCCGCCGCUGCUGAUACUCACUGAGUUCCUGCAGGUAGCCUCUCGACGGCCAGCGGAGCCUCUCCACCUGCUCACGCUCCUCCUCUGCAACACACACACACACACACACACACAAUAAUAUCAGUCGCUGCAUAAUCAAACCCUCACAUCUUGGACAGUUGCUAUGAAACAACCCACAACUCUUUUACACCAAGCGAAGAGCAACAGUGAUGUGUCCUUAAUCUGGCCUUUGACUUCACUAUUGCCUUUACAGGAGCCGUCCAAUGACCUUAGAUAAACCUGCGUGUAUGUGUAUGACAAUAAAAAGUGUUCAACCAGA